UUGGUAGAUAGAUGAUAGACAGGCUUACAAAAAAAAGGUCAGGAGUACAUAUCACUCUGUUGUAUUGUGUUUAUCGACUUGUAUUCAUUAGAUUGACAUUAGAGAGACUGAUCAUCAAUCUGCCUAGGAUAUAUAUAUAUAUUACUCUUUACAGAUCAAUAAUCUGUGGAAUGUUUUAUGUAGAGAAAUAUCACCAUCGUAGAUACCUGUGAUAUGGAUGCUGGAUUUUUAAUACUUAUAAAACGGAAUAUUUAAUCAAUAACUACUUAAGCAGCAUUUAUCUUGCUCAAUAAAAGUUGUUAAUUGAUUUCCACAUCCGGAUUAUUACCAAUACUUAUUAUUCUAUAUAUCUUAUAUAUAUAAAAAAAGCUUUCUAUGAUUGGAAGUAUGCGACAUCGUGGUCCUACAACUACCUCAGAUCUUUCAUCUAGUUUAUAUAUGGAUAAACAUUGUGGAGAAACCCAACCAAUGUUAGUUGGUGAUUCCACAAAAUCGGAUGUACACCCGCGGCGAAUGGAUUAUACAAUAAUACAUCUGGUGUAAGUACUUCCAAAGCUUCGAGAAUCCCUUCAGCCGCUCUAUCACGUAUGCAUUCAUCCUCUAAUGCUAACAAUUGUUUCUCACAUCCUAAUCGUGUUCAACGACAAGACUUUAAAUCGAAGUUACCAAGUCAACCGACGACUGGUUUAAUGAAUACAUCUCAGCAGGAGAAGACGACAACAAGUAACAAAUCUGGUCGAUAUAUGAAUCAACGGAAAUUACGUAAAAAGGGUGGUAGUGGUAGUAAACGUGAAACACGAUUUCAGAUGAAUGGAAGUACCGAUCAAAAUCUACAUUCACUUAAAGUUACUAUUCGAAGGACGUAUAAUUCUAGUGAAUUGGAAAAUGGUGUUUGUGCAAUUGUGAAUACACCUGAGGAGAAUACUAAUAGUAAUAAUACUACUAAUAAUAAUGGUAAUAAUCAUGAAUCCUUGCACCGAUUAUAUACCCCUGUGAAUAGUAUUCAGCCGGAGCAUUGUGAUCCUCAACAUUUGAACGGGAAAUUGAAUACUAAGGAUUUAUAUAACUUAAGAGGUUUGUCAACUCUCAAAGAUUCUCGUGUAUAUGUUGAUUCGUCAACGUCCACUGUUGACAGUGCCACGCUGACUGAACCGAAUCUAUUGGGUCCAUGUGAACCGGGUACAAAAAUUAUUGUAGAAGGUGUUGUCUGGAUGGAGGCUACAGGAAUGCUUGUUCUAAGUCUUCAUUGGCGUGGUCGUAAUUAUAUGGGUACUUUAUUGGAUUCAUCCAAACAAACAUUUGCGCCAACAUGCAUGGAUAAAGGUGUAGCCAGUGCAUUAAAUCUUCUUCGUGGACGAAAAGCCUGGUGUGAUCCAUCACAAAGAGGUUAUCAAGCUCGUGGUAUUCACCACUUUCAUCAUAUGCGUCAUCAUCGUCGUGGAGGUGGUAGCGGGGUUGGUACCGGUGGACAUGGUGUCAGCGGUUCAAUGACAACACGAUCAGCAUCUGCUGCGGCCGCUGCAGCAUCCCAAGAUUCAACAGCAGAGACAGAUGUCGACGCUAAAGAACAACAACCUACAAAUAAUGAUCCUUAUUCAACCGAUUGUAUAGAUCAGCCUUAUAUGGCGCCAGAAACAACUUUUAAUAAUCAUAAUAAUAAUAAUAAAAGAACACUUCCACCUUCUGACAUUCCUCAACGUGGUGCUAAAGGACGUAGACGUCGUGGUGGUGGUGCUGCUGGUCGACGAUCAAUAAUACAUCAUUCAGUGAACAGUGCUCAAUCUCUUUCUAAUGAAAAUCUUUUAACUUCUUCUGAGGUGAAGUCAUCCGCACCAACGGAUGAUAAUGCUGUUGUACAUAAUUAUGAAACUCCUGUAACUGACAGUACCACAACUGGUGAUUCUGAUUCCACCAGUCAUCUUCCAUUAAGCUGUCCAUUUAUUGAUUGUAAAAAACGUUUCGCGGAUAUUUUAAGUAUGCGUUAUCAUUUUACCCUAGGGCAUAGCACACAACAAACGAAUGAAACUGAAUCGGUUCAAAGUUUAUCCAACGUUUAUCCCUCCCAGAGAAAGCAGCUGAGGAAUUCAAUGAAAACUGAGAAGAAGAAUGCUGGCGUUACCGCCGACAAUCAUGAUGAUGAUGACGAUGAUGCGGGGGAUGGUGUUGAUGACUAUGCAGAAGAUGGUGAUGAUGAUGAACAAGUGGAAAUAUCGAUCUGUGAUAUAUCGGCUAGUUCAUCCUCCCCACCACCAAAAUUAGCUAGAGCACAUGUCAUUAAGGAUAGAAGUAGUAGUGAUAGCAAUGAUACAAGUCUACUGCUAAUCAAUGGAGAUGAAAAUGAUGAUAAUAUUGAACCACCGAAACUCCACCGUGUCAUCUCAAUCCCUGAUUCUUUCCCUGGUGUCGGUGUCCAUCCAACAGGUAUAGGCGAUUCAACAACGUUGAAAUUUGAUACUAUUAAUAACAAUAUUAUUAAUAAUAACACUACUACUACUACUACUAAUAAUAAUAAUAAUGUGUCGGAUAUUCCAGACGAUGAACCUCCAGCUGCAAGUCCUGCCUAUUCAGAUAUAUCUGAUGAUGGUACAGUAUCCUCGACAACAACUAAUAUUCCUAUGUUAAAUGUUGCCAGAGCAACAGUUGAUGUGCAUAGUUCCCGUGAAUCAUUACUCUCUAAUUCUCCGUCUACUAUUCUCUCCUCAAAUCUCUCUAAUCAAUCAUCAUUAUCUCAAGGAUAUAUUGAUGUGUCUAGACGGCUUAAUCUCUCUCCACUGAUUCUUUCCGCUUGUUCUCCAACUCUUCUUACCGCUGGUACCGGGGAUUCAAGUAAACUUUAUCUACCAGCAAAUCUAUUUCCAUCGAAUUUAAAAGGUGUGAAUAGUAUUUUCUAUCAAAAUCCCGCCACAACAGUCAAAUGUGUAGAUAAACAAAAUAUAGAGAAUGGCUUGAAAUCGAUUGGAAAUAAUUCUACAAUAAAUUUUUUAAAUGAUAUAUCAAGUCCUCAAUCCUCUUCCUCUUCCUCCUCUAUCAUGAAUGGCAUUUCAUUGGCUCCUGCUCCUCCUGUUCCUGCUAAUUUGAUUCCCCCACAGCCUUUAUCUAAUAACCAUCAGCAUCAUUCGAAUUCCAGUCGACCGUUGACAUUUCUGUCUGUUUCCCCUGGAUUAAUUAAUGAACAAAAUACCCGACCAUCAUCGACAGGACCGUUUAUAUCUAAUCCUCCGUAUACAUUUUGUGUUUCAAGAAAUUCGCCUAUCCCCCCGCCAUUACCCGGUGUUUCCGAUCAAAGAAUAUUAUCACCGCAUAAUACAAAUCAUAAUCAUAACCAUUCAACUUCUCAUCGUCAACCGCCUACAAUGUCAUAAUGUGAAGAAAAAAUCUGUACGCAUGUUGUGUUGUUUGUGAAUGUGUGUGCCUAUGCCAAUUGAGUGAGUGAGCGAGUGAGUAUUCUCUCUUUCCUCUCAGCUCUCUUUGAAAUCAGAUGUUGUAUAUUAUUUAUCUUUGUACACACACACACACAUUCACAAAUUCUUGUAUACAGUACAAUAGUUGACAGGUGGUAGUCGUAGAAUUAUGAUUGUUACUACAACAACUACUACCACGAUCAAUAAUUAUGACAUAUUAAUUUUAGCUCUUCCCUCCUCCACCACCACCUUGACCCUUACUCGUCUCCCACACACCCCUCCCCACCGCUGAGAAUUAUCAGUGACAACAACCAGAGUUGUGUUGUUUUUUACCUCUAUGCUCUUCUAAUUUCUACUGAUGUCUUUAAUACGUUACCACGACUACCGCUGCUUCCAGACGUGUCAACACUUUUUUCUUAGACCUUCUUUUAUUGAUUUUUGAUUUCUCGCUUUCCUGUCGCCUCCUCCUCCCACAUCCGCUAGCCAUCUGAUCCACCACCCCCACUCCUUUUACUUCAGUCUAAUUUUCUGUGUAUUUUCCCUUUUUUGUGCAUAGAAAUGUAAACUGGAUGAUGAGUACCCGUCAACUUGUAGAUUAUGUUUGUGUGUGUGUGUGUGUAUGUGCGGGGCGAGACGAGGGGUAGCGGGGUUUUUUUUAUUUCAUGUUUUUCUUCUCUGAUUCAUCUUCUUUUUUGAUCUUUUGUGUAAUUUUUCAUCUUUCUCUUAACAGUCAAUAAGAAUUUGUUAAAUAAUACAGAAUAUUCACCGAGGGUCUUUCAUAAUUCAGUAUAUUUUUUUUGCAAUUAUUACCAUUACUACUUAUUACCACUACUAUUGAUACUACUACUACUAUUUAUUGUAUACAGUUAGUUUUCUACAUACCUCUCUCUCUCUAUGUACUUUAUUCUUCUUCUACACAUUCUCACAUUAGCAGGGCAAAGAGAAGUCAUGCAUGUAAAUCCUUGAAUGUGUGUGAGUGUGUGUGUGCGUUUGUGCAUUGUUUUAUAUUCAGUAUUCCUGUCUUUUAUCAUCAUUAUCAUCUUGGAGAGAGGAAACUGUUAGUUAGAGACAAGGAGAGGCGACAGAAGGCGGGCAGGCAGGCAGACGAGGAAUUGUCAUUGCCGAUGUGGAUGGUCCUCAUUAUGUGUGUGUGUUAGCGAUGAUCUUGAAGAUAUGAAGAAAAAGAAAGCGGAUGAUCAAUGUGUCGGUUCGUAGAAAGUUAAACUGUUCACAAAAGAAAGCGGAGAAGGGGAAAGAGUUUCAAUGUGUUGCACAGAAUGAGGAUCCUUUGAAUAUUGAUUCAUAAAUGUGUGUAUAUAUAAAUAGAGAGAGAGAUACAUCGUCUUGUCGUUGGAAUCCCUUCUUGCUUUGUGUAUCGCUUAUUAUCUCACUGUUGCCCUUCCCGAAAAUUCCUCUUCUACUGUCUGUCAAAAACUCACAUACUGACAUACACGCACACACACACAACACAAAUAUUAGCCCACUCAUUAUACACAAAGCCUUCCUGGAGCAACCCACCCUCGCAAUCCCCCUCGCCUCUUCUCCAGUAAUCGUGUUGUAGUUAUCUCACCUACCCCACAUCAAAAUUGAUCACUGUGUUGUAAUCAGAAGAGAGCAAAUUAAGGCCUGAGGAGAGAAGUGCCGGAUUUGACUUCUCCACUGCAAUCCGUGAUUUAAAAGUAGACAUCCUCCUCCAUUGUCAAACACAACAAUAACAAUAACUAAUAAAAAAUAAUAGAACUAAUUUUCUCCAUCUAUUUUGAUUAUUCUUCUUAUUAUUAUUGCUACACCACCAUUAUUAUUAUUCUUUUGAUGGUGAUGGUGAUCUUGAUCUUGAUCGAAAAUUGUUCUACAACUAGUCUCUCUCCAUCUAUCUAUCUCUGUGUGUGUGUGUGUGUGCUGUUUUUACUGUUACAGUGUGAUUUCAUUAUGUACAGGAAAUGAGAAAAAAAACCUACGUCAAAUAAAAGUAUCGAUUGAUAUUCUUGGCGGUGUCGUUUUUUCCCCUAUCUUGUAAUGUCACCACUACUGAGACGUAUAUAGCGGCAUCCAUACUGUGUGAAGUGUGUGUGUGUGGA